UCAGAGUCCGAAAAUGUUUCCCCGCCUCCGUCUCCGCCUCGGGCCCUAAACAGUAAACAAAACAGCAAUCGCGCUCUCGCUCAAGUCCGAUUAGUGUUUGCGAGUGACCAAAAACCGCAUAUUCCUUCUCGGUUUCAGUUCCACUUCACUCUCAAAGCCCCGAACGAACAACUUUUUUUUUUGUUAUCAAAUCUCGUCAAUCUUUACAAGUGAAUUCGCGGUUCUUGAAUUAUGGGCCAGAGUUUGGAAUUUAUUUGAUUUUUUGUCCAAUGGAGAAGUGGGUUUUUGGCGUAUAGAGCUUCCGAUCUGUUACCUGCAAGUGAGUUUCAAGAUGAGAGGAGAUAACUUAGCAGAUGGGUUUGGUAAAACCCGUCCGGCUCUAGCCGAUGUGACUAAUAGGAAAAGGGCGUUUUCUUCGGUUUUGGGUGAUCUGGGGCUUAAAUCUGUAGAUGGGUAUGGUAAAAAAGUGGAUGGUGAAGAUGGGAAUUCACAGUUCGCAAAGAAAGUUUGUUUAGGAGUUGAGAAUUUAAUCAAAGAGAAAUGUGAAACGGUGCUUGCAGUAGAUAGUGAAAAAGUUGGUACCUCACUGGAGAAUGUUUUAUCUGCUAGCGCAGCAUUACCCGAUGAAUGUAAGGAGACAUCAAGGUUGUUUGAUGACAGUGUGCAAACUGUUAAAGACGACGCAGUACCGCAAAGUGUUUUGGAAGCUGGUGAUGCAUCGAGGGAUAGUUGUGCAUCUAGCAUUUUGCUGCCCGCAUGCUCUGGAUCGUGCAAGAAGGAUCAUUGUGGGGCUGGAGGGAAGUGUGAAGACGGGGAAGGACACAGUUCUGGUGUUAUUCAAAGCAAAAUGGCAAGUGAAGGAUUUGUCACGCGUGUGUGCAAGGAAAACGAGAAUGAUAUUGGCGUUGGUAAAUUGGCCUUAAGCAACUACCAUUCUAUUGAGUGGCCAAGAUUGCCCAAGUCACAGAGUUCAAAAUUCCCUGAAUUGGAGAGAUGCACAGGAGUUAAGGGUGAUGUGUGUGCUAAUUUAAACGCUGGUGCCAACAUUCUCAAAGGCUGCUCUUGUUCAUUUUGCUUGAAAGUCGGUUAUAUUUGGUCGGACCUCCAUUACCAGGAUGUCAAGGGUCGAAUAGCUGUAUUGAAGAAGACUCAGAAAGAAACAAGCAUCUUGGUUCAACAAAGUUGCAGGGAAAAGGAGAUAAACGUUGAUGGCCAAGGAAACAACAACAAAUUAUCAAAAUUAGAAUCUGAUUUAACAGGUCACUGGAGGUCACUCUAUCUACAUAUGGGGGAUAUGCUUGUCCUUGAAAGGAACCAUCUUCAAUCCAACUUUGUGGCACUAAAAGAUUUGAGAGAAAACUGCAAGACCGAUCUGCAGAUGCGCAAUGGAAUGGCUGCAGAGAAACAUUAGCGUCCUGGUGAUUGUAAGAAUGAGUACUUUAUCUGUUAGCAUGCAGAAGCAUGUGCCCACAUGUGAGCGUAGGUGGUUUGCAGAACCCCUCUAGUUCUUACCAUUCUUUUGGAAUCUGUAAAAUUUCCAUUAAACAUAUGGAAUAGUAUUGUUUCCGUUAGUAUCAUGCAUGAAAAAACAUUUUCCUGCUUAGGAGAGUGACAAUUUU